UUAUGCUAGUAUUAAUUCAGCCGUUGGUGGAGACGAACGUGUUGACGGGUGUCACUAUCGCGUGCAUCGGUUCCGUAGGAUCGAUACGCGUAAAGUUGAGUGCAUCUGUGCUUCGAACGAAGUUUGAACCGAGAAAUUAAUACGAUAUUGAACAUAUCGGAAUGACAGUGGAUCCCAGAGAAAAGUUAAUCGUUGUAUUGGAUUUCAUCACAGUGUUAAAUAUUUGUUUGUAAACAAUGGGAGCACCUGCGUGGGGGUCCCGCGGUGGCGACCGACCGCGGUUGCUGCGAAUGACGCCCCUACGUCACAGUUUUGCUGCACCCGCCACGCCGCCCGCGCAACCGCCUCGUACACACGACUAUGCAUCUGAUGCCGAUACCAAUAAAAAAGAAGAAAGCUGGAACGCAAAUUUAUCUCAGAGAUGGAGAAAGUUAAGACGUCGAUGUUCGCGAUUGCGGCCCGGAUCCGGUAAUCGCGAGCCCAGCCCUGUACGAUGUUCACCGUCGCCCCCGCGACCACCUCCACACUGCUCACCCGCACCGCCUUCAAAGCUGUCUUUCAGACAUCGUGGUAAAGUAUAUACCACAGCAUCUCUACGUGUGACUAGUGGGGCACCAGAUUUACUUCGAGCGUUGGGAAAAUUAGGUGGUGGAUUACGAAGACGAGCUUUAUCAGCUCACGAUGUUCUUGCACCACCACCGCAGCAACCUUCGACUUUUUACGUUCCUAGUCCAAGCAAUGGAAGAACACCAUCUUCGCCAUCGCCGCCUCGGCAAAGUGCCACAUUAAAUAGGCGAUGCAGCUCUCCUAACGUUUACAGAACGAAAGAUAGUCCUCGCGAUCGAACACCUCUCAUAAAUCAAGAUGAUGAAAGUCGUGAUGUUGUUGAUUAUAGUUAUGGGUUAGAGCGUAAAAAAAAAUCUAAAGAAAUUAGAAGUAGACCAUACAGUGAAAAUGUUGAAGUAGAAAAUAUAUACAGAAACGGCUUUAACCGAUUGACAUCAGAAACUGCAGAUAGGGUUUGGGAAGAGCCCUACAGACUACCUCGCGUCCAUGCGCGCCAAGAACCUAUACAACAACUGCGUAAAUCUGUAGCUGAGUUAAGAGUAAGCUCUACUCCUCGAUCUGCUCGCCCCCCUCCUGCGCCACCUGGCUCGACUCCAAAAACUAAUAAAAAACCACCUGCACCUGAACCACGUGAUACCCACACUUUCGAGGUACGUUUUACUAAAUCAGCCGGAGGCAAAGGACUUGGCUUUAGUAUUGUCGGCGGACGUGAUUCUCCGCGAGGAGACAUGGGUAUCUUCGUCAAAACUAUUUUCAAUAAUGGACAAGCAGCAGAAUCUGGAUUACUUCGUGAAGGAGAUGAAAUAUUGUCAGUGAAUGGGCGAGGCACAGCUGGUUUGACACAUAGUGAAGCAAUCAGACUCUUUAAAGAUGUGCGUGCUGGUCCUGUAAUCCUGCGGGUAACAAGACGGGCGCCCGCGCGCUGACUGCCUUGCGCCUGUUGCGGUGAUCCGCUUCAGGCGCAAACUAACGUCUCAUCCUACUCCACUUUGUAAAUAAUUACUGUGUAUUUUAUAUUGUAAAAUAAUGUGAUGCCCGAUGCUUAAGCA